AAAGAAGUCUGGACUUGUUUAAAAUGUUGUCAGUGGAAACCUGCAGAUAGUUGUUCUUUCAUUCUGUGUACUACAGAAUGUUUAGACAGAUACUUGUUUUUUCUUAGUCUUUUUAAGAUUGUUUGGGAAAAAUUAAUGGCCGUUCCCUCAAGACUUUCUCUGUAGUGAACGAGUGACGCUUUGAUAGCAGUAGUAUUUAUCUUGGAUCAUUUGUUUAAACCCAAUCUCAGUAUGCUGGUGGUAUGUAAGAUGGAUCUGCUGUCUUCAGGACUGGUGUUUUAUUUAUAGAAACAGAGAUGACUCCAGAGUGGGGCGAUUAAGGAUAAACUUCCAGCCUUUUUUAAAGGUUUGACAUGAUUUAAUGACACAAUGACCCGCUUUCUAGCCUGCAUGUUCACUUUGCUUCAAAUAUGUCUAACGCCAUCUAAAGCAAUUCUUUCUUCUCCAAAGAAUCUGACUGUGAGGUUAUUGGAUUUUAAGGCUACAGCUGAAUGGCUUCCUGGACAAGGAAAUCCUCCUGACACCAGAUACACCUUGGAGUUUAUAACUGCACAAAAAAUGUCUGGAGGGAAGUGGAAUCAUGCUCAACACUGCACUAACACAGAAAUACUGAAAUGCCAACUGACUUUUGAUGAGCAACCUAAUGAGCUUCACUGGAACUAUUUUGUGAGGGUCAAGACAACAUUUAAAGGAACGAGCUCCAACUGGACAACUACAUCAAAGUCUUUCCAGCCAUAUGGAGACACACUCCUGAGUCCCCCAAAUGUAAAAAUCUCAACUGAACAAAAGUCCAUUAAAAUUCAUUUUAGUCAUUGGCUGGAAUUAAAACCAGAGGUCAAACCACUGGAAUACCUGCUGUAUCUUUUUGAGAGCAGUCCUGCUGAGGAAUCAAAGUUUGUAGCACUGAUAUCAGCCUCUGAAUCUCCAUACAUUUUCCAUGAUGUGCCAUCUGGCAAGAACUAUUGUGUUAAUGUUUCUGCCAGUCAUCAACAAGCCUUGAAGGACAAUAACUUCAACACCACCAAAUGUAUAUUUCUAUUAGAUUCUACUAGAAGCUUUGUGCUAGUAGUGUGCAUUGUGGCCAUGCUGCUGAUUAUUUUUUCAACUGGGAUUUUUUUGCCUUUUGGUUGUUUUUACCACAUGAGGCUUCAAAUCAAGAAUCUCAGCAUUCCAAAACCUUUGAUUGUUAUUCCAGGAUAUAAAAGGGUCCUAAAACCAACCCCUGAGGAAUCCCAGCCAAUUACAGUGAUCCCACCAAAAAAAGAAAUGAACACAGAGAGACGUUUUUCUUCAUCGGAGGAAGACUCCAAGGAUGGCUCUAGGUUCUAUCAAUCAAGAGAAAACCUUACAUCAGCCAUCACCAAUGUUAACCCACCAGAGCAAGAUGAGGAGGCUGAGGCAUCAAAUCAGUAUGAUAAAUACACACUAGCGAAUGAUAUAGAAGAUAGUGAAGAAAAUGAAAUGUCUGAAAUGGAUGAUGACAGUAUGCAUCCAGGUAGUGAAUCUGAUUCGGGAUCUCUCUGUGCUAAUACUUUAAACAGUUCAAGAUCAUCCCAAAUACUGCAAACGGUUACUGUGAACACAUUUGUAAAAUUAGAGAUGGAUAGCAAUUAUGUAGAAGAAACCCUUUCCUGUUCUUCUGGCAGUGGCUGUGAAAGAGAAGUGACUGCUGAAGAUGAGGAGGAUAGCUUUUUCUUUCCUGAUUCGAACUCAGAGAGCGGCUAUGAACCAAGACCUGACCAAGUAUUAUGAACUUCCAAGUCUCUACUUUCAAAACUAUGAAGGCCCUUAAAGAGGAUAUACAUACAGUAUCCUGAACAUACUUCCAAAGGUGGAGUCUGCAACCAAAUUCAAGCAAAAAAGUAUCCACCUUUCACCUGAGCCAUGCAAGUAGACUUGCAAAACUCUGUGUGAAGUUUAGUGAUGCAGAAGAUCAGAAUAUCCAUAACAUGAGGGAAUAACACUUGAUAUAGAAGCAAAAUCUGGGGUUUGAUUAAUACCUGGAGAGAACUACCCGUUAAUAUUCCCUUUCAUCGCAAUAGCACUUACAGCACUUACAACUUAAUGGCCAUCUUGUUGCUGAUUGCCCAGUUGUAGUACUAUAAGUGGGUCAUGUUGAACACAGUUUAAACUAUGGAAGUGUGCCUCCUUCAGGAAUAAAAUGGAGCUACACAUUCUACAGCGUGUCACUUUGAUGCAACUGGUCACAUGACAAGCCGUCUGUUCGAUAAAUGGCUGUUCAGACACUUUGAUAAUGGACUCCAGGUGCUACAUGAAGGAAUUUAAGAUGCAGUGCAAUACCUAACUUACCAGAAAUACUGGACAAUUGAAAUUCUAAGUGUAUUCUUGUGUAUUGUAUGUCAUAAAAAAACAUAAUUAUAAUAUCAUAAUUUACACAAAUUGGGAUCUAAGACCACUGUGGUGAAAAUCUCUGUAUAAAAUCUGAUCAAAGAUGAAAAUUACUUGGAAACAACUGCAAAAUGGUGGUCACUGAAGUCAACGGUUAAAUAAAAAAAAUAAACAAAACUACCAAUGGCAUUAUUUUUGAAAACAUACUCUCUUUACAGCAUCCUUUCACAAAUGCUUAAAAAGUAUAUUUUGCAGUUCCCACAAUUACUUUAAUGGAAUUCUCUCUCUUUUUGUUUGUCUCUUUGUGUGAUUUUAAACUGACUCAAGGAUGGUUUGUAAGAUAGUUCAUAAUUUGUCUCUUGUUUGUAAGAUUCUUUGUUCAUACAAAAAUCUCACUGAAUUAUUACAGUAUUUGAAAAAAAAAAUUUUGGAAAUAGAAUUUUUGGCACACUAACACAAGAUACAUAAAAAAAUCUUCAUGUAUCUUUCAGGACACAACAAUUUUACUGUGCUGGUUUUAUUUUCAUGUCGUAUCCUACCAUAUGUAUGUCAGUGUGUUUAUGUGUGUUUAUGUACAAACACUUGUUUUCUGUAAAGCGCUUUCUAAACAUUUUCUAUUAUAAAAUGGUGCUAUAAUAUAUAAUCAAAGAUUUUGUUAUCAUCAUGGGUGCAAAAGUUUUAUAUGUUUUCAUGAACUGUUACUGACUGUAAUGCUGUAUAAUGCCUUACUGAACAAUGAUUUUACUGGUGCUAAAGAGACCAUUUUUUAUGGUUUAAGAAUGAUUAACCCCUCCUAUUAAACAGAC